AUGUCCCGAAAGCUCAACUGGAUGGAACGGUACUACAUCAGCCGCAACACCAAUGAUUACUACACCAAUUUUAACAUCGUUGCGAAAUAUAACCAUCGUAUUACUCCCACCCUCUUGUCGCAUGCCUUGCAUUCCGUGCUUCAGGAAAACAUCUGGUUGACCUACAAUGUGUUCAAAUCGGACUCGAGAGCCGAUGCAGAAACAAAUGGCCAUAACUGGGAGCUUCGUUCGGUUGACCAGAUCGAUUUUGAAGAAGUAGUUUCUUUCGAAAAGAAAAGCCAGUUUGGGGAAGCCACCUUCGCGGAAUUGAACAGGUACAAAUGUCCCAUGAACGUUGACAACUUGCCUCUAUGGAGAAUCAUCGUGUAUGAAUUGCCCAAUGACGACCAGUAUAUCUGUGCCUACUUCGACCACUGCUUGUACGACGGCUUGUCUGGUCUAGAGUUCCAGAAAGACCUCGUCAAAGCAUUGUCUGAGGUCAAGGAGGACACCCCUCUAGAAUUCAUAUAUGACAAGAAUAGAGAUUCCCACCCACUGCCAAAAUCGCUCAUUCCCGCAACCACUGACCAGAUCAAUAUCUACCAACCCACGUAUUACCAAAUUCUUUCUCAUUAUUUUAACAAAUACCUUCCUUUGGUUUCCAAGACUUGGAACUACCUCAUUUCUCUGAUCCUCAAAGACCCAUGGAAACCAAACUUGAAUGUCAACCCCGUAUUCACGCCUGGUAGAGAAUACCCUAAUACUGAAAUCAGUACCGGUUUGAUAAAUUUUAACCCCACGGAAGUUCAGAAAAUAUACCAGUAUUGUAAAUCCCAGAAUAUCACCUUAACCCCAUACUUUCACGCCAUAUGCCUUAAAUGUUUGGAGGAUACCAUUUUUCCAGCAAUUGACCCCAGCCACAAAUUUUCUUCGACCUCAAUAACAGCAAUUAAUGGAAGAAGAUACUUUCCCCAGGGAACCCCAUUCAGAUACGGUUGUAUAAUUGCACCAGAUUUUCUUUCAUUGCCUCCAGUACUCGACCAGACCCGCAGUUUCAUGGGAAGGAUCCAGACUAUAUUAAACAGCCAGAUCAAGUCAAGACUGUCAUUUAGAGAAAUGGCCAUGCUUCAGUAUUUUAAUUUCUGGUCUUUCUUUGAAAGAUACAAAUCUCCACAGGGCAGAUGUACUUUGACAGUUUCAAAUUUGGGUAGGGUACCAGACUCGGGCAAGAAAUUCAAAAUAGUAGAUGCAUAUUUUGGUCUGUCGACUGGAAUCAUGUACAACUUUGUCCUUAAUAUGAUUACUACAGAAGAAGGAGGAUUGAAUGUGAACUUGAACUAUCUCCCCGCGUACGAAGAAUUAUAUGCUGGUGAGAAAAAGGUUAUGGAUGUAUUUAUGGCCAGAUUUAGAGAGAAAUUGUUGAACUUUCCCGAAGAACAAAAUUAG